AUGUUACACAUUGGUUACCAGUCUGCUCGUUUACCAGAACAAAUCUAUCCUAACACCAGGGAAUCAGAGGUUGCAUCAACAACCACUGAGUUCGGAAAUACACAAAAUGGCGUUCCUAGACUGGUUGAAGAAGGUGUGGAAAAUGAGGGCAGAGUGUCAGAACAGUGCCCGGCUGUUAAUGAGGCAGAGCCAAUUCGAAAUCCAGCAGAUUUAGAAAAACGCCGAGAGCAGAUUAACGACGAUAAAGACCCCCCAGAACCUUCGCAGCCUCUUCCUCCACGCCAACCAAAUCUUCAGAUUUCAGGAGGGAAUUACAACCAAACUGCAAUCAUGUCAGCAUACACAAGUUAUAAUUCAACUUCGGGUUCCAUUCAAGACGGGCCAAAUCAACAAAACCCAAACGACAACUAGAUAUACCGGAUACACCUGACCAACGUUUCCCACUCUGCAUACCAUGGCUACGUAGCUUCCAAAAUAUUUUACACGAACUGCACGUGGGAUUUUAAAAUUCAUUACUCCAGAAUUAUGUGAACCAAGAAUCCUGUAUAUUGUAGAAUGCAAAUUUAGAUUAAAGUUCCGCAAUCGUAUGUUUUUGUUUUUCUAUUUCAUCAAAAAUUCCUCCCUGGAAUAAAAAAAAACGGACCUCCUGAAGUAUGCGCACCAAGAUGACGCCUAAUCUGAACUCAGGUUGUA